AUGGAAUCUCGAGUAACUGGCAGAGAGAUAGUUUUAGCUGAGAACGCUAGAAUACAAGUAAGAAUUUAUGAAUUGCAACAAAAAAUUAUUGCUUUGAAUGCUGAUAAAAAUGAACUAAUUCAAGAAAAUACACCAAAUGAGAAUCUGACGCGAUUGAAUACUGCAUUAAGAAUUGUUUUGAGAAAUACUGAAGACAAAAAAGAUCAUUACAAAGCUGCAAAUAUCAAGAAAUUUGAAGAUUUUAUUUCAAAUUAUAUUUUUAGUUUAUUAAAUAAUAUUGGAACAUUGUUUCAAUUCGAUAAUCAAUAUAUGAGAAAUAUU